UCAAAUAUUGUUUUGGCGCUUCCGUUCGUUAUUAAGUAUUAGUAUAAAGUAUACAAAAAUUUUAUUUAUAUUUAUUUAGUUUUAUUGUGCAUGUUUAUAUCGUGUUGUAAGUAAUUAUGUAUAUUUAAAAAAUGGCAGAAGAAAUAAUAUAUGAGCCCACGAAAGUCGAGUCUGGUGAAAUUAAAGCUAUUGCCAAGGAUGCAGUACACAGGAUUUGCGCUGGCCAGGUUGUGCUAACUCUGGCGGUAGCUGUGAAAGAGCUUGUCGAAAACUCCAUUGAUGCCGGUGCAUCACUUGUUGAAAUUAAACUCCGGGAACAUGGAUUAGAAUCGUUGGAAGUUAGUGAUAAUGGUACUGGAGUUCGUGAAAAGGAUCUCGAAGCUAUGACCGCCAAAUACCACACAUCAAAAAUCAAGGACUUUGUUGAUUUGCAAAACGUAGAAACGUUUGGAUUUCGAGGGGAAGCACUAAGUUCCCUUUGUGCUUUGUCUGACUUACUUGUAUUAACACGACACGCCUCGCAAGAAGUUGGUGUACGCAUGGAACUCGAUCAUCAAGGUAAAAUUAAAAAGCGUACACUCUGUGCUCGUGGUGUCGGCACUACCGUAACAUUAACAAACUUGUUUGCCACACUACCUGUAAGGCGUCGCGAUUUUACGCGUAACGUCCGAAAAGAGUUCACCAAAAUGUGUCAAAUUUUACAGGCAUAUUGCUUAGUUGCACGAGGUGUACGCAUUAUUUGUACUAAUCAGAAUGCAAAAGGCACUAAAAUGGUUGUUAUGCAAACACACGGAUCUCGGGAUGUUCUGGCAAAUGUCGGCGCAGUUUUCGGCAACCGUCAAGCGUCCGAGCUUUUGCCUUUAAAAUCUAUAUUCGGCGGAGAUCAGGCGUUGACCGAAGAUGGCUUACGUGCAGAAUUGCAGUCAGAAUUGGGUACGGAUGAUAGCAUGCAAAUUACCGCCGAAGAUGUGGCUCAAUUGAAUGCUAACAAUUUCAAGCUGGAAGGAUACGUAUCCAGUUGUAAUCACGGUGCCGGUCGAUCGUCCAAAGAUCGGCAGUACUUUUAUAUAAACUCGAGGCCAUGUGAUCCAAAAAGUAUAUCAAAAAUUGUUAAUGAGACUUAUCACCGUUAUAAUAGUCAUCAAUAUCCAUUUAUAUUUUUAAACAUCGUCAUUUCACGGUCGGACGUGGAUGUAAAUCUAACUCCAGAUAAACGGCAGUUAUUGAUUCAUAAUGAAAAAAUCCUAUUAAUAGCAAUCAAAAAGGCAAUGUUGAGCACCUACGGAAACUUACCUUCAACAUACAAACUUCAAAACUCAACAAUAGUUAGCAUGUGUGGAAAUAACAAAGAUAAUGGACAAAAUGAAGAUGUUAAAGAAAAAGAGGCCAGUGAAGAUACAACGGAAAAUACGCCAAUUAGUAGUUCACAACGAUUUAUGGACGUUUUGUCACAGUGGAAGAAAACUGGCGACACAGUAGGCAUAGCUCCACAGGUAUCUCAAAAGCGGAAAUAUCCAGAUGAAGUAGAAGUGCGUACCUUAAAGUUGAAAAAAAUACAUGAAUAUUUAAAUAGAGAAAAUACAAAAGAUUGUGAUAUGCCUAAAGAGUUCAAAGUGCAGUCUGAGAGUGACGAUGACGAAGCUAACCAAACAGCUAAGCCCAAUAUUCCAAAUGUUGUAAUGAAGGAAAAGAGUGCUUUAGACAAUAGUGUACUAGAUUUACAAGGACUAAGUAAAGAAUCUAUGGAAUUUGACUCAUUGACUGAGAAAACCUUAGAGCGUCCAGAUCGCGAAGUUCUAUCUGUAAAGCCGGAAUCAAUUUCGCACCUCGUCGAAAACGGCUGGUCAAAAGUUGAUAAUGUGGUGAAUUCAGAAAAUGAAAAUAGUGAAGGGGAAUGUGAAGAUGAUUCUGAGAAGUGUUCGCAAAUACCCGCACCAGCAGCUGUAAUAUUAGAUGAUAGUCAAAUAGAUGCUGAAUUUACUAGCAAGUUCUACUCUACUGGAAUCAUGCGCAUUACACUCUCAGAAAUCGAGCGAAACAUCAAGGCGGAGGAAAAGUUAAAGACUGAAAUUAAGCAGUCGAAUAGAGUCAAGCUAGAGCGCUUGCGUUUCAAAAGUGAAAUCAAUCCCAGCCAAAAUCUAAAGGCAGAGGAGGAAUUGGAGCGUGAAAUUAGCAAGGAUACUUUUGCCAAAAUGGAAAUUUUGGGUCAAUUUAAUCUAGGUUUCAUAAUUGUGAAAUUGGAUACUGAUCUUUUUAUCAUCGAUCAACAUGCCACUGACGAGAAAUAUAACUUUGAGAUGUUGCAACGAACAACCGUUAUGCAAUCACAACCAUUGGCUGUACCUCAGCCACUCGAACUGACGGCGGCCAAUGAGAUGCUGUUGCUAGAUCACCUGUCGGUGUUUGAGAAAAACGGCUUCAAGUUUGAAAUAAAUGAAAACGCAACGCCCACUAAAAGAGUUAAAUUACUGUGUAAGCCCUCUAGCCAGCGCUGGGAGUUUGGCAAAGAGGAUAUCGACGAAUUGCUCUUCAUGCUACAAGAUGCUCCCGCCGGAAGUGUGUGUCGACCAUCACGGAUACGUGAUAUGUUCGCAUCGCGAGCCUGUCGCAAAUCGGUAAUGAUCGGUACGGCAUUAAAACAUGCCACUAUGAAGAAACUAGUCACGCAUAUGGGAGAGAUUGAACAACCUUGGGACUUAAAUAAGCUUGAGCUUAAAUUAUUUGCCCUCGUGUAUAUUCGAUUUAAAACCAUUAGCCACCAAUUGUAUAACUUUCGAGGGGUCUCGUCCUUUCGUUUCUGGUAGAUACCGUUUGGUCAGUAUGAAGAGCAAACCGCAGACCAAAGAGAAAGGUAUGAACACCAAUGAGCCCCACGCUUCUUGUAGUGUUGGAAAGAGCAUGCCCACUGCGAAAUUACAUGCCCAAGAGGAAACACUUCCGAGAGACAUGGCAGCUGGUCGCGGGGCCACUUCGAAGAGUUCUGUGGGAAAUCAAAUUAAGUAAGGAGGCAUAUGGUUUAUAUAAUGCAUAAUUGCUUACCAGAUCCAAUGAAAAAUGGUAUGGGUCCCAAACCAAACUGGAAGAAGAAAAUGUAUAGAAAUAUGCAAGCGAUGCAGCCCAUUGCGAACCAGGGCACAUAGUCCUGUAACGAAAAUUUAUAAUUAGUAAUUGAAUAGAAAUUAAAUUGAGCAGGAAGAUAUAGUACUCACAAUAUAGUAGAGCAAUAUUGCAAACGCCAUCAAAGAAAGUCCACUAAAAAACGUUGAGAAUAGAAACAGUGGGCGCCGAUUGAAGCGGCCCAUUAGAUACGGUCCAAUUACUGAUAUAGCCAAAUUGAGGCUACCAGCGCCCAAAUUAGCCCACUCGGCAGCUGUUGCAGAUAACCCAGCUUU